AUGUCUUCCGACCCGGUAGGCGCUGCCAUUGCUCUUGCUGGAAUCCCUGACGAGCCCUCGUCUCUCCAUUCCAAGGCGCUUCGACCAUCAAUAAAUCUAUCACAUCGCGGCUCGCUAGAAUCGAAACCAAGCUCGGACAGCAUCCUCUUGCCGGAAGAGCACGAGGACGAAGAAGAUUUUGUCGUCUUCGAGGACCGCAACACAUUACCAGCACCCAAGCUUGCUGACGGAGACUUCGAUGAGUUGGAAGCAACUAGCAGCAGGAAUGAUGUGGAGAAAAGAUCAACACUGGGAAGCAUAGCGCGUGCUAGCGUGGAAAGUCUAUCAUUUGGAUAUCGAGAUCAUCUACUACCAUUAACUCUAAGUGGGGAUGGCGACGAAUCGCUUGGCGGAGAUUAUGGGGAGAGAGAGGGUUCGGUAUCCGCGACAGCGAGGGGAAGUAGAUCCACGCUUGGAUCGACAUCUUCAUCUCGGCGUCGGCGUCACAACAGAGGCUACUCACGCGAUCGGUUAGCAGAAAGACGCGUAACCCUAAUCGAUGGCAUCGCACUCACGAUUGGCGUGCAGAUAGGAUCUGGUAUCUUCUCGUCACCUGGUGUGGUGACGCUCAACACGGGCAGCAUUGGCGCCUCGAUCGUCGUCUGGCUGCUCUCAGGUCUUCUGGCUUGGACCGGAGCCUCAUCGUUUGCCGAACUCGGUGCAUCGAUCCCACUCAAUGGUGGCUCGCAGGCGUAUCUCAACUACUCCUUUGGUCCGCUCUCAGCGUUUCUGUACACAUGGUCGGCGUUGACAGCUCUCAAACCAGGUGCAGGUGCGAUCAUCGCAACCAUUUUCGGAGAGUAUGUGGCGAGAAUCAUUUUUCACGCUACGGGCAAAGUUGCAGACCACCCUCACGAAACAGGUCUCGAUGGCAUCCCAGCAUGGUCGAUCAAGCUGCUGGCUGUAGCGAUUGUAGCGCUCAUCACCGCAGCUCAUGCUUUUUCCAACAAGCUUGGUACUCGGACGCAGAUCGCGACCACGGUCGUCAAAUUGCUCGCACUCACAGCUGUACCUAUCUUGGCUAUUGUACAAGCCGCACGAGGCAAAACAAGCCCAAGUUCUCAGCAAGCAUUUUCGAGCUUGAGCGCCAUGUUCGCGGGAAGCUCAACUUCACCUUCGUCGUAUGCACUUGCGCUGUACAGUGGGCUUUGGGCGUUCGACGGGUGGGAUCAGUCGUGUUUUGUCGCAGGAGAGAUGAAGCGAGUGGAAAAGGACUUGCCUCGAGUGAUUCACAUGAGCCUGGCCACGGUGAUUCUGAUCUUCCUCUCAGCGGUGGUGUCGUAUUUUGUUGUUCUACCUGCCGAGUUGGUGAAACGCACCAACACAGUAGCGCUCGAUUUCGGGAGUGCGAUCUUUGGCACUGUUGGUGGGAUCGUAUUUGCGGUUUUGGUCGCGUUCUCAUGCUUUGGUGCGUUGAACGGACAGAUAUACACUACGGCUCGACUCAUUCUGGCCGCCUCACGCGAGGGAUACCUCCCAGAACGACUGGGCGACCUGAAUCGCCAAACGGGUACACCGAUCGCAGCACUGCUUCUACAACUCGUGCUCAUCUCGGCGUUCGUCCUCUUCGGAUCCGGCUUCGCCUCGCUCGUCAACUUCUACGGCGUUUGCAGUUGGACCUUCUACCUCGCUUCUGUUCUAGGAUUGCUAGUGCUCCGUAUAAAGGAGCCUAAUCUGAAUCGACCAUAUCGAACGUGGUUGGGCACCCCAAUUCUGUUCGCAGCAGUAGCGCUAUUUUUGUUGCUCAUGCCGAUCGGGAGUGCGCCCUUGGAAGGGUUGGCAGCGUUGUUGUUUAUCGGCGCCGGUGUACCGGUCUAUUAUCUGACGCAGAGUAGGUCGGGAUGGGUGUCCAACGUUCCAUUGCUGUCGAGGCUGAAGGCGUGGUUUGCGCGCGCGCGUGGUGCGGGUGGUGUGCAUGACGCCAGAGGACAUCAUGUGGUUCUGCCGACAACGGAUGCGGCAGCAGGCGAGACCGAGCAAGAGGACGAGGAACAGAUUGAAAUGCUUCCCAAGAAAGGAACAGAUCACAAGGCAUGA